CACCACACCACCACCACAAAGAACGCACCUCGCUCAUCCUCCCUCACCUUCUCCUCUUCCGUCCGUCGCACGUCGCUCCCUUUACCACGCUCCUCACUCCUCGUCGUCUCGCUUUGGCGCGUCUGCGUCUCGGCGCCUCUUCUCCCCCUUGGUCUUGCGUCAGCCGCAGCCAUGGCCUCCUCUCGCGCCUCUCGCGCGCCACGGACAGCCGCGCUGCUCCUCUCGCUCCUCGUCUCGCUGCUCGCCCUCGUCUCCGCACAGCGCGUGCCCACGCCCAUCACCACCUCUGCCGCGGCCAACAACGGCAACAACAAUGGCGGCAACGGCAACACGGCCUCUGCGGCACAGUCGAGCAGCGCGGCGCCCGCCGCCAGCAGUGCGGCGUCGUCGAGCAUCUCCAUUCCCCAAGGCGCCGCAGCCGGCGGCCUCACCGUCACCGAUCCGGCGCAGACGGCCGAUGCCUCGUACUACAAGAUUGCCCAGGGCGUCGCCGUCACGUUUGGCUGGAACCUCACGUCGCUCGUCAUCACGCCGACCAGCCUCACCGUCGCCGCCGUCAACUCGGCGCAGAGCAACACGGUGACGCUGGGCGUCGUGCCCGGCUCCGCCACGGCUAUUACGUGGUCGCCGUGGGAGAUCAACGAGGCGGCCGCUCGCAGCGGAGGCGUGGCGCUGGCGCAGGCGACGUACAGACUGCAGAUCUACGACGAGAGAGGCCUCGGAGGCGCCACGAACCAGGCCGGCAUCUUUAACCCAAACGAAAAGGUCCAGUUUGCACUGUAUAUCCCACAGCCUUAUACGAGCCUCGCAGACGGAUGGGUCUGUGCCUCAUGCAACGCCGCCGCCUCGGCUCGCGCCGGGUCAGCGACAAGCCUCUCGCUCGCACUCGCAGGCCUCGUCGGCGCGCUGCUGCUUGGUGGCUGGGCAUGACCGUGCGCGCGCUACCACUCCUCGUCAAGGCCGCAGCGCUCUCUGUAUUCCAACCGGCCAUACUUUCUUGUCUCCUCACGCACGCAGCACGUCUUUCCCUACCCCUCCCCUUCCCUUCCCUUCCCUUCCCUUUCUCUCCCUCUCUCUCACGACCUUCUCAAAAAGCUCACGGCUUGCCCACUCUCCUCACCUCGCGCCGGGUCUGUAAGCGCAUGCUCGGGACCAAGGGGAUGAGAGGAGAGAGAGAGAGAGCUUGAAAGUUUGACGAGGGCGCCACACGCUCGCUUUGGAGCGGAAUGUGAGCCGGCGAGGGGGCUAGAAGUACAGGAUUGUCGUAGAGCGCAAGGGA